GCGAAAAGUUGGGCGUGAGCUCGUGAGAGUUCAAAAGUCCGUGUUUACAUUCCGUACUAAAAAUGUUCUAUUCGUAGUACGAUUCCGAACAAGUGACAAUGGCUCGCUUGCUUCAUUCCCAUCUCGUGUUGCUCGUUUUCCAAGUGAUCGGAGCAUGCUCAGGAUGCGACGACGCUCUUCUUGGGAAUGCGAAGUUAUCAGCGUCCUCUGAGUUAUCCAUAGACAGAGGUGCAGAUAAAGCCCUUCUCAACAGUGGCUCUGCAUGGACGGCAAAAAACUCGGAUUUUGAUCAGUACUUACUGAUCUCGCUCAAGUCCAAGAAGACCAUUACAUCCAUUGUCACCAUGGGUAAGCAGUACAGUCCCGAGUUUGUUCAGGAGUUCAAGAUUUACUAUGGUGACCAUGGAGGGGACUUUACUGAGUACAAGGAUAGGGAAGGCAAUCCAAAGCUCUUCAGGGGAAACAGCGAUGGUGACUCGGAGGUGCGCAACAUUUUUGAUUAUCCAAUCAUUGCGCAAUACAUCCGCGUCAACCCGACCCGGUGGAGAGACCGAAUUUCACUCAGGGUGGAGCUUUAUGGUUGCGAGUAUGAGGCAGAGGCGCUGCAGCUGGACGGCCAAAGUUACGUGGUGAUGGAUCUGAGCCGCCGACCAGUGACUUCAACAGAGGACGUUCUGCGCCUGCGCUUUCGAACCAACCAUGCGGAUGGUCUCCUUCUCUACAGUUAUGGAUCGCAGCGCGAUCUCUUCACUCUUCAACUAGUGCACAACCAGCUGCUCUUCACGGUCGACCUUGGUGGUGAAGGGGUGGUGACCGAGGUGUGGUGCGGCAGCCUGCUGGACGAUAACUUGUGGCAUGAUGUACAGAUCUCUCGUUUUCGCCGAGAGCUGGUUUUCACAGUCGAUCGUGUGGUCAUCCGUCAGCGACUGAAAGGCGAUUCCUUCCAACUGGAUUUGAAUAAAGAGCUUUAUAUUGGUGGUAUGGCAAACUUCAACCAAGAAGGCAUCAAAGUGGCUGCCAAUUUCACCGGUUGUUUGGAGAACUUAAUGAUAAAUGACACUAACGUUGCGUACGAAGUGAAGCGGGAUCAGGAGAGCUAUACAUACACCAAAGUCGGCCAAGUGCUGUACAACUGUAGGUACGAACAAGUCAUCCCGGUUACAUUUGUCACCUCGGACUCGGUGCUGCGGGUGAAUGGCUACAUGCAACCAAGCAUGAACUGCAGUUUCGAUUUCCGAACUUUCAACGAGCGAGGGCUGUUGCUCUACAACAAGUUCUCCAUCGAAGGCUAUGUCAAGCUAUUCCUGGAGGCAGGACGCAUUCGGGUAGAGCUUCAGGGCAAGAAGACACCUGUGGUUCUCCUCAAGCCAUUUGAUCACCUCCUAAAUGACGGCCGGUGGCAUCGCCUGAUACUGGCCUUGCAGACCAACCGCAUUGAGCUGCACUUGGAUGGAGUGCCCAGCAUCACCACACGUCUCUUCUCCCUAGAGACGGGCAGCGAGUACCUAGUUGGAGGCGGUGUGUACGGGAUGCCGGGCUUCAUCGGCUGCAUGCGCUACGUGUACAUUGAGGGGCGCUACAUCAACGUGCUCACCGUUCCACCCAACCAGGUGGACGGGCAGCUACUGCGCGAUGCCUGCCAGAUGGUGGACCGCUGCCAUCCCAACCCAUGUGAGCAUGGUGGUUUCUGCAAGCAGGACUCUAUCGAGUUUGUCUGCAAUUGCACAGACACCGGUUAUUCCGGAGCUGUAUGCCAUGUCUCACUGCAUCCGCUCUCAUGCGAGGCCUACCAGAUGAAGAAGAAGUCUGAUGAAACAAUGGCAAACAUCCUCAUCGAUGUGGAUGGCAGUGGACCCCUCACUCCAUUCCCUGUUGAGUGCAUCUUCCAUCCGGACAACCGCAGUGAUACCCUAGUGCACCACAAGAACGAAAUGACAACAGAUGUUAAGGGCUACCGAGAACCAGGGAGUUUCAUCCAGGACAUUGUGUAUGACGCCCCCAUGGAGCAGAUGAUCCAGCUCGUGAAUCGGUCAGCACUUUGCCGGCAGCGGCUCACCUACGAGUGCUUCAAUGCACGCCUGUUUGACACAAGUGUGCAAGACACGACCCCCGACACGUUCGCGCCUUAUGGGUGGUGGGUGAGCCGGAGCAACCAGCGCAUGGACUACUGGGGGGGAUCCAUCCCCGGCUCACGCAAGUGCCGCUGCGGCCUCUACGGGUCCUGUCGGGACCCCCAGCGCUGGUGCAACUGUGACGCGGGCAUCGAGGAAUGGCUGUCGGAUGGUGGCGAGCUCACCGACCGGGACUACCUUCCUGUGCGGCAGCUGCGUUUUGGUGACACCGGGUCUGCCUCCAUGCAGGAGGACAGAAAGCGUGGCCGGUACACCCUUGGACCACUGGAGUGUCAAGGAGAUUCCCUUUUCGAUGAUGUGGUGACGUUCCGUUUCACGGACUCCACCAUUGAGGUGCCCCAUCUCAACCUGCGCCACUCGUGGGAUGUGUACUUCCACUUCAAGACGACUGCGGAGAAUGGGGUCAUCAUGCAUAGCAAGGGACCAACUGACUAUGUCAAGCUGGUACUCAUUGGGGGUGACCAGAUUCAACUGCUGUAUGAGACUGCUGGUGGAGGACCGCAGGGGGUCAGCGUGGAGACGUCCUACAAACUGAGUAACAAUGAGUGGCACUCAGUGCACGUUGAGCGCAACCGCAAGGAAGCGCGCAUCGUCAUCGACGGCAGCCAGAGCGCCGAGGUGCGCGAGAAGCCCGACCGGUCGCAUGCCCUCCACCUUCCAGGCCAACUUGUCAUCGGUGCAACUGUGGAUUACAAGGAAGGAUAUGUGGGCUGCCUGCGAGCCUUCUUGGUCAAUGGGGAGCCCCUGAACCUGAGGAUGCGUGCGCCCACAGGCCUGUAUGGAGUGUCUCUGGGCUGCGUGGGCAAGUGUGCCUCCAACCCGUGCCUCAACGGCGGAACCUGUCUCGAGGGCUACUCGGGCUACACGUGCGACUGUCAAUGGACACCUUUCAAGGGACCCAUCUGUGCUGACGAGAUUGGCGUCAAUCUGCGUUCUGACAACUUCGUACGCUACGACUUUGAGACAACGCUGUCCACCUUGGAGGAAUACAUUCGUGUGGGCUUCACCACUACAGAGCACCAUGGCAUGAUCUUCGGAAUGUCAUCGCGCACUGGAGAGUACCUGAACCUCAUGAUGUCAACCAGCGGUCACUUGAGACUGGUCUUUGACUUUGGCUUUGAACGUCAGGAGAUCAUCAUCAAGAAUGAAAACUUCGCCUUGGGUCAAAUUCAUGAUGUCCAGAUCAAGCGUACCCACAAUGGAGAGAGGCUGGUGAUAUUCGUGGACAACUAUGAACCUCAGGUGCACACAUUCAACAUACGAGGCAAGGCUGACGCUCAGUUCAACGACCUGCUCAGCAUCUAUGUUGGGCGAAAUGAGUCCAUGGGCACUGGUGAAGGCUUUGUAGGCUGCAUUUCACGGGUACAGUUUGAGGACCACAUGCCGCUAAGGCGCUACUUUCAGGAGAGCCGGCGAAGCAAUGUGCAUGCCUAUCCUGAAGGAACCGUGCGAGAAGACACGUGCGGUAUUGAGCCAGUCACGUAUGCACCUCCAGAGGAUGAGACACGGCCACCGCCUACGCUGCCACCAGGGGUCUACCGAGAACCCUGGGCUGUAACCAGCUAUGUUGACUCGGCAAUCCUGGGCGGUGUGCUGGCAGUGAUCCUGGCUGCAAUUGUGAUCAUGGCUAUCAUCUUGGGCCGCUACGUGUCACGACACAAGGGCGAGUACCUCACGUACGAAGACACUGGUGCUAAGGACGCACCUGACGCAGACACUGCUGUGGUGCAUGGUGUCAGAGGUCAUGACGUCACCAAGAAGCGAGAAUGGUUUAUAUGACGGGUUGUCAUGUUGUUAGCUUGCCUCGUCACCUCCUCUUCCAGGCAAUGGCACCCUCUGGUGUCAUGCAGCAUCGUGGCACAGCACAAUCCCACAUUGUGUUGUUUCCAGAACUCUCUCUCUCGGGAUCGAGCUUGCACGAGAACAAGGCUCUGCUGCCCACAAGAUCGUGAUUUCAGCUCCUGGCCAUUGCAGCUGCAUUUCAGUGGAGGUGAUAUGCUCAAACACCUGUGCACCUUGAUAGUUGUGUGCAUUAACGCAUCUCCAUUGUUGAUUGACUUCAACCUGCAGCCAGUCUGUGCGUUGUUGCAUGAAUGUUGUUAUUGGCACUUUUUAUCGGCAACUUCUGGGCACAUUUUCCUGCCAUUGUUGUGACUGUAACGCAUGAUGAUGGCAGUGGAGAAGUGUGGUAAAUGACAAAAGAAAAAGAAACUACGCACUGCAAUUUACAAGCACAAACUCUUUGCCAGUGUGCCUGAUGAAAAGUGCCAUGUUUUCUUGUUGGAUGCAUUUAGAGACCACCAAGCUGUGUUGGAAAUUUACAGGCACUGUUGUGGUUGCUUUGGCAUGGUUUUCACUGCAAUGUUAAAAAGGUUGUUAAUAGGUUUUGUACUGCAACCUACUUCUUGAUAGAAUGUCUUGUUCAGAAGAACAAAAAGUUUUGAUUUUUAAGUCUAUGCACACGUUAUCAUAUUUAAACCAGCCUUUCGUCCGUGAAGGCAAAUGCAGGAUAUGCACUAUGAGAACACAGGUUACCUCAGUAUGUGUUCGACCAUGUUGAGUCAAUGAAUGCGCACCGAGGACCAAGCUGUUAUUUGACAAAAAAAGUAAAAUGAUUGGUUGCAUGCAGAGCCGUUCUGAACAUGGCGUGAAAUUAUGUUGUUGCGGCUCGUCUCCCAUGCAUCUUCAAACCCAUUGCUCAGGAGGCCUAACCUUUCCCUGCAGCUUAUUCUUUGAGAAGAGUUUUGUCAUCAAGCUUAUUUUUCUCAUGGACCAGGUCCCACUAUACCUGGAGAGUCAAGCGAAGGUUUGUGACAGUUAAACAUUCCACUUUUUUUAUGCAUACCUCAGUGCUACGAAAGUACCCAUUCUCAUCUAAUGUGAUUUGGUGUAUGCCGCAGCAUUUUUUUUCUGCUUAGUAUUAAGUUAUUGUCAGCAAACUCGCUAGAGCAUGCUACUAAAAGCAAAUCGCGCUUUUUGAGCGACUGUGGUAUCAACAAACUGACUGCCUGUGACCUUUAUACCAUUUUUAAUUUUUGUCGGAUGCGUUGAACCACUUUUAGUUAGUUUUACAACUAAACACUGAAAAUUUUAGUUCGCUCUAAUGUGAAUUUUUUCUGAAUCUCAGAGCUCUGUGAUAUUGGGUUGCAGCCUUGUUGAGUGCUGAUUGAUGCCACCAAUGGGUGGGGACACACAAAGUGUCCGUUUAUCGAGUGACAACUGUUAGGGUUGUGACUGUGUCAAGCUAGCCUCUGACGUUUUGUUCUCUCUCCUUUGGUACAUCUUUCUCUUGAGUUAGAGCAUCAUUCUUGUCUUACCAGUGAAAAUAUGCAGACACAGAAAUAUUUGGGACACAAAAGUAACAAAAGAAGGUGCCCCCUUAAUCCUGGCUUGUGGUUAGGCUGCUAGAUUAUUCGACAUUUUAGUUGGUUUGAUGUUUCAAGAACUCUACAAAGAACUCUACUUUGAUGUUCCGUCUCUACAAAGCACAGUAUAGUUGUCUGCUAUGUAUUACCGACACAAACUUGUUGUACAUAUCAGGAAUGGAAUUUCCAACACCUGUCACAUUUUUUUUUUGUCUUGUACAUUGGUAUUGACCUUUCUAGUUUGUAUUUUUUACUGAAAUAAGCAAGUGUGACGUCAUUGCCCCUUUGAUUUUACUCCUUCCUUUCCUCACAACUUUUUGUUGCCUAAGAAUGGAUGCUACUGGAAGACCUUGCCUCUUUUGUAAUAGUACCAUACCCUGCAUUAAGCCCCCUCACCUCUUUCCAUGCUCUUUUUAUUUAGCAAUUAACUUAAAAGGCAAAGUUUAACAUGUCCUCAGAGGGCUGCUCUUUGUUUUCUGCUUCUUGCUUUUCAUGCAUUUUCAUAAAGGCCUGCUCCUAGCUUAGCUAGUGAAAGGCAUGCGUUUCCCUUUAACUAUUCUUUAACUAUCACUGCCAGAGAGAGGAGACCCUGCAGCCAGGGGUCUGCCUACAUUGAAGAAGGCAUUGUUUGCUCAAGCUGGCUGACUCUAUCGCUGCACUGUUGCCCGUCUGGUUUGCAUGACCAGAGCUGCAUCUCAAUUGUAUAUAGUGCACAUCUCACUGUUGGGAGCUGUGACAAUAGCAACAAAGUAUACAAUCGUGGAUUAAUUAAAUGCGAGCAGGUUAGGGACCAUUAUAAUGCAUUCUUUCAUUUUUGCUUUCACUAAUUGUGAUGGCAGCGCGAGUUUGGUGGCUGUAUGAGUGGCAGUGCAAAAUGGGCAGUCUCAAGCUGUUACUGAUAUGACGUGUUCUGCCUAAUACUUUCCCGUUCGCAUUUCAUUUGCCCGUGAUAGUACUUGUUUAUGGCUAGAAUUAAAUGUAGUGUGUAGUCUGUGUUGGGUGUUCGUUAGUGCCCACUUCUUGCCUUUUGGUAGCGAGUGACCAACAUUUCAACUAGGUACCUAACUAGAGAGCAAAGAGCUGAUAUCUCAAAUGACACGCAUAGUUAUCUUUGUUUUUAUACAUAUAAAAAUGUUUCAUUUCAUUCGACGAUAGCGGAGUAAGGCCAGAUUAUAUGUGCACUAUUUUCUAGCUUCCGUUAUUAAUGCCUCUUUAGGGUUGACAUAUAAAACAUACUUUUUAGCUUGAAAAUUGUCUAGAUUGUUAUUGUUUUAGUGUUUGUGGCAAGUUCGCAAGCAAUUUAAUCUAGAAGCUGCUACCAGUGUAGCCAUGAGUCUGCUUGUCUGAGGCCUUAACUGGUGUUCACCUUACAAAUAACCAGUGUCACUCAGCGGUGGUGAACUUUGUUUUUUCUCCCUGGCAGAAUGUCCAGUCGUGAAAAAAAAAAUGAAAUCUAGCAUGCAAUGUGCACCAUUGUCAAGUAUAUACACCUAAUUGAUAUCUAAACAGUGGUUACUGCAGAAGCAUGCAGUGUACCACCAUUUGCUGGAGUCUGCUAGGCAGCUGUUGUGUUUGUGAAAGUGUCAUAUUAUGUUUAAUUUCACUGUGGAGUGAAGACAUCAAAUGAUCUGAAACACAAUUUCCUUUCGUAUCGGUAUAUACCAUGCACAACUUCACCUUCUCUACAGUGUGUUAAUUAGAGUUGCGAAUGUGUUUUCUUGAGUUCAAGCCAGACAUUUUGGAUGUGCUGGAGGAAAAGAAAAGGCAUUGCAAGCCUCAAACUUUUCAUAAACAGUGGGAAAUCAUUUCUGAACUGAUGGCAUCUAUUGUUGCAUCGAUCAUAUUUUACCUUAGAAUGUUUUUGUGUUGCUGGGUUUGUUUGAGGUCUUUGGGUAAAUCGCAAAUAUAGAUCACUUAUGUUGGUCAUUACUCGAAACAACCAUGUCACCAUGAAUACCGGUAAACCACCAUGACAGCUAUAUAAUUAUUUUGGACAGAGCAAACGAAUUGCCAUUUGAUGUGAUUGCAGAAUAUGAUUGAUAGAGGUGCAGCGUUAGUGCAAAGAGUGAGCUGCUUUAGCUCAGGAGUGUCUUGAAAUAUCUGUGUAGCUGCAAAAAAUACCCAGUAUUGUUCGAAUCCGUCCAGGCCAGACACAACCUUAGGAAGUGUCUGUGUAUAUAUAUAUAUGUGUGUGUGUGUGUUGUUUAUACACCAGCAGACCCGGUGAUCCAGUGAUGUCACGGGUUCUGGAAAUAAAAAGAAUCUCAUCUUA